GUAUCGCCAAUCAGGGCGAAGAUGCGUACUGGAGGUGCGCGAAGAACGAAAACUGGUCUUUUCGCAGUUAUGGACUCUGGUGAACUGCGGUAUAUGUGAAUAGCAAUGAAUACGUAACCUUUCAUACCUAACCGUGAUCGUAUAUAUACACGUGUAUUUCAUACAAAUAAAUAGUUUAAUAAAAUGAGUUUAUUUGUAAUAAACAGGUACGAAGGUGAAAAGGAGGUGGAAACUAAAACUGAAAAUAAACAAUUAUCAGAAUUAUUAAAAAGAAUAGAAGAACGUAAAAAAGAAAGGGUUAUUAAAAAGGAAAAUGUGCAAGAUGUAAAGGAAGAUGACCGUAAAAGAAAAAAAAGAAAAAUAGAAGUAUCUAAACAAGAUCCAUUAGAAAAUACUUUUGUUAAUGAAGAUGCUAGUCAGAAUAAUGUUGAAACACAGCUUGUACACCCAGAAAAAUUGCAUAAAAAGAAGAAAAAGAAAAAGAAAAAUGUUCAUAACAUAGAAAAUAAUGUAAAUUAUGAAGGUACUGAGGGUGACAAUAAAGGAUUGCAGGAAGCAGUUAUGGAUGAUCAAAAAAACAUGUUGUUAAAUAAAUCUGCAGAUGUAAAUAAUGUACAGGAGCAAAGUGAUUUUAUGGUGUUAGGUGUAAAAAGUAAAAGAAAAAAGUAUGAAGUGAAGAGAGUAUUACCAGAAUGGUUGGCUAAUCCAAAUAUUAUAUCAAAUGAUUUGAACGAUGGUCCAAGCAUAGAGAGCUUGAAUUCAGUUUUAGAUGCUAAACUUAUUCAAGUUUUAAAAGCUAAUGGUAUCAAUAAAUUAUUUCCUGUUCAAGCUAGUAUGAUAACUUGGUUAUUGAAAUGUAACGAGGAUAAGCAACAAGGAUGGUGGUUACGAGAUACGUGCGUAUCUGCUCCUACAGGCAGCGGUAAGACUUUGGCGUAUGUAUUACCAAUUGUGCAUAUAUUACAAUCUCGAUUAGUGCCAAAAAUACGUUGCAUAGUUGUUGUACCUGUACAAGAAUUGGCUGCACAAGUUUACAAGGUGAUGGUUGCGUACACAUCUCACACAACUCUCACAGUUGGUUUGCUUUCUGGAGCUUGUUCGUUUCAACAAGAACAAAGUAACAUUCUAAGAAUGAAUGCUCGAGGGGAAUACGUUCCUGCAGUAGACAUUAUCGUUGCUACACCGGGGCGCUUAAUCGAUCAUAUAUUAAAAACACCAGAAUUUUCUUUAAACGAUCUCAGAUUUCUUGUUAUCGAUGAAGCUGAUCGAGUCGCAGAUUGGUUGGAAUAUCUUCCCGAACCUCAUAAUCGUGCUGCAAGAUUAACGCUCUUCGAUCUACGCUGCGGCAAAGCCCCCGUGCAGAAACUGUUGUUUAGUGCCACCUUAUCGCAAGAUCCUAAAAAAUUGAAUCACCUUAGACUGUUUCAACCAGUAUUGUUCACAUCCGUUGUGGUGUCAGGCAAAGAUACCGAUGUGAAUUUAGACAUGGAAGUGGGUAAUUACAUAGGCCGUUAUACAAGUCCCGAUGGAUUAACAGAAUACGCGGUGGAAUGUAUAGCAGAGUAUAAACCUGUUGCUCUAUACGACCUACUAAACAGGAAUAAUACAAUCAGUAAAACCUUAAUAUUCACAAAUUCUGGUGAAACUGCUCAUAGAUUAAGUAUUUUACUUGGAUCGUUGUUAGCUGAAAAGAAUGUAACAAUUGGGAAGCUUUCGGCACAGCUUAAGCCCAAAGAACGCGAACACGUCCUUGGGAAGUUUAUUACUGGUGAAGUUAAAAUACUUAUAAGCUCAGAUGCGCUAGCGCGAGGCGUGGACAUUCCAGAUAUACAUACGGUUGUAUCUUACGAUCUUCCUAAGCAUAUUAAAGGAUAUAUUCAUAGAGCUGGAAGAACAGGACGUGCUGGUAAAUCUGGCAUAGUGAUAUCUAUCCUGACAUCGAAACAAGUUGGAAUAUUUAAAGAUAUGUUGAGCAACGUUCAUAAAGCGGUACCGCGCAUCGAAAAAUUGGAGUUGAAUUCUGUCGCAGAUUCAAUAGACUAUUCGAGCCAUGUUAAAAAGUUAAAGGAAACGCUGGAAGAAGAAAAACAACGUAAUUUAUUACGAACGAAAUCUGUUAAACGAAUUCAGCCUAUAGUUAAGGAAUGAAAAACAUAAACAAUUUUUGUACAUAAAUAAUGAUAUAAAUAUUUCAAAUUAAUAUAGCUAUAUUUUUAUAACUUUAAAUAUAUGUGUGCACAGGUUGGUUAUCAAGAAUCUGUUGUUCAAUAAUCUAGUAGUUUAUAAUACUCUUGUAAGUGUUUCAUUGUCAUAGUAUUCCACAAACAUUCCGAUUCCCCGUUCGUAGGGAUAACAUUCUGCAUGUACGCUACAUACAGCUCGAACGGGCAAUAAUUUUGCAGGCAUUUAGGAAUUUUGUAAGGUAUCAAUUCUUCUGUAGUGCCAAUCCAAAGAUACAUCUGUUGAACAAUUUUAUAGCGUUAAUUAUUAUCAUGGAAAAUGUUUGAUUUCCACGGCAGUGAAAAUAAAAAAAACGUAUGUUUAGAAAAUUCAGAUUUUUGAAAGCAAGUAUACUUAUCGUUAGUUGAAUAAACAGGGAUUAUGUUGGAAAACAUACUCGAAUAAACCGUACACCGAGCGGACUUUUUAAAGUCUCAACUAUAAUUGCAGAUCCGUAAGUCGGUAUCUUCGGUUCGGUGAAACCGUUCGCUUUGGCAAAACCAGCAAUAUUGAGGUCAUGCCCACUGUAUAAGUAAAUCUUCGGUCCGGUUUUAUCCGUUUUGUUACGUAUAUUUUCAAUGAAUCGUUUUACAAUCGGACCGCCGUUUAGUCGCUUCAUUUGCGUGGUAUACGAUUGAGUUUCAAAAUCUAACCGUACUAUUUCUUCCAUACGUUUUUGAACGUUCUCGGUGGCCCAUUCCGGCAGAGAAAUGUUCAUGCUACGCUAAAUGUUACAUUAUUUUAUUUUUAAAUCACUUUUAAAACAUAUUGUGAAAAUUAGGAUUUUGAGAAUUUCUGCUUCUCCUAUAUCGCCAUUAUCUCUCGGGAAGCCUACUUUGCUCGAUACUGUACAUACCUGUGAUACCAAGAGUUGGUAAAGUGUGGUUACCAUCAUGAUCGGAUCGUCCCUGCUAUUGCCAGUUUCUUUAUAAAGAUGUUCUAAAAGAUCAUUGUAUUCCGAUAGUUUUUUGACAAUUGCAGCCGACUUUUUCACCCUUUGCAAUUCUUUCACGUAUCUAAUAUAAUAAUUUAUUAUUAUGUAAUUUAAUUGUAACGUUGCAUUAGAUUUGGACGAUAAAUUUCGGCUGACAGGAUAAGAAAGGUACAUGAUCGGUGCAUGUGUGGUGUAUACCUACGUUGGACAAAGCUGCGAGAACAGUACAGUGUCUAAAAGGCUUGGAUAGUAGAGUGUUGCUACGGGAGACCAAUGUAUUUGGUCCCGAGCCUCGUUUGUUGCCGGUGGGUAUAGUCCGUUCAAAACCAGCUGUAGGGAUAUUUUUGUACGAUCAAAAUCUGUACUGAUCGCAUAAACUUCGCCAUAGUGAGCUUUACCCAAAAAUUUAUCAUACCGUUGUCUCAACAUCUUUCCAAGACGAUGCGCCCUCAUUUUUCCUACCUAUGAACGAAACAAAUGUAGACCUGUAGGUGUAUGUACCUACUUUUCUGAAUCAUUUAAUAUUUUUCAAUUUCUAUAGCAGUGUCAGUAAUAAAUAAGAAUAAAGAAAAUUAGACUUAAUAUUAUAAUGAUGCUAAUAAA